GCGGGCGAUCCCACUGUGACUUUUAUUUCCAAGUCCCGGAAUCCGGAGCCGCACUGAUCCUUAUCACGCAUGGAUUAUGAUUUUAUCGCUGCUUUACAUUUGUUUUUGCAUUAAAGGAAACUUUGUCAACACAUCCUCACGGGUGGGCUGUUUUCCAGCAUCAGAGCCAUGAAUUAUUACUUGAUAAGAUGUACUGCUUUAUUAUGGAUUGUGAACUCUGUUCCUCAUGCUUUUGGAAUGGCUGUGACUGAACAAGCAGAUGGUGUUUGUCCCUCUUUAAGUGUGGAGGAUUACAGGUUUUCUGAUGUUUUAGAUCGUCCUUUAAUGAUCACAGGGUUUGAUCUCACAGAAAAAUUUCUUCUCCGAAGGGGAACAGUUACAGAAGAACUACCAUCUUUUCGUCUAGGAAGCAGCCCUCUUAUAAAGCCAACAAAAUUGAUAUUUCCAGACGGACUUUCAAGUGAGUAUUCGCUGGUGUCCAUCUUCCGUGUGAGACGAACUACAAAAAAAGACCGCUGGUACAUUUGGCAAAUAUUUGACCAGUCAGGAAGCAGCCAGGUGUCUGUGGUGGUUGAUGGCGAUAAGAAAGCAGUGGAGUUUUCCUACCAGGGCUUGCUGAAAAACUCUCUCCGCUAUACGUUUAAAAGUCGUGACCUGCACGUCCUCUUUGAUCGCCAAUGGCACAAGCUCGGCAUUUCUGUUCAGACUGAUGUAGUCUCUAUUUAUGUGGACUGCAAACUGGCUGAAAAGAAAAUGACUGAUGAGAGGGACAACAUCGAUCUCAAUGGGCGCACCCUAAUUAGCACACGGAUAGAAGAUGGAAGGCCUGUGGAUAUCGAGUUGAGACAAAUUUUGAUCUACUGUGACCCUUAUAUGGCUGAGAUGGAAAAUUGCUGUGAGCUGCUUGAGCCAAAGUGUGGAGUCGAAAGGACAUUUACUGGGACCUCCCCUCCCCCGGUUACAGCCCAGAGUCCCCUGGUGCUGUCUCAGCCGACCUCACAGUCAAUUGACAGAUGUCACUGUCCAGCAGAAAAGGGAGAUGCUGGUCUCCCAGGGAUGCUUGGACUGUUUAAACCAGACGGGAGAAAAGGAGACAAGGGGGAACUUGGAUUAGAAGGGCAAAAGGCAAUCGAUGGAGAGAAG